CAUAGACGUUUGCGCCGAAGAAUGUGCUCGGAUUCCCCGAGAUUACGGGGACAUUUUGAGGCGUUAACCGACCGAAGAUCAGUCCAAACACCACUGAGUUGUUUAAGUUUAUGGACACACGUCGUAAAACUGACCCAAGAGCGCAGAAAUUCUAUGACAUCGUGCCCCCUGACUGAAAAGAUCGCUUUAUAAAGGCAAUGGGAACCACAAACAUGCUUUUUGACUACAUUUAAAGCAGCAAUAAAACUUUUUAAAUGUUACUUAAAGGACGUUGUUUCAUAUUACGGCGAUAUUCAUGAGGGAUGUUUUCUUUUGGAUGUGUAUGUUGAUAUUUAACGUUGUGUUUGGUGAUGCAGAUGAAGUGAAGUCAGUGUCAGUGAUGGAGGGAGAUUCUGUCACAUUUCACACGGAUCUUACUCACAUACAGAGAUAUGAUAAGAUAGAGUGGAUAGAUGAAUCUCAAAGGGCUCUUGUGGCUCAAAUCAAUACACGAGACAAAUCAAGCUCUAUAUGUGAUGGUUAUGACCAGAGAUUCAGAGUCAAACUAAAGCUGGUAAACCAGACCGGAUCUCUCACCAUCACAAACAUCAGCAUUGCACAAUCGGGACUUUAUAAACUACAGAUCAUCGGGAACAAUGCAACUUCCAGGAGGUUCAAUGUUACUGUCUAUGCUCGUCUGCCCGUUCCUGUCAUCACCAAUGACUUUCUAAACUGUUCAUCAUCAGAACCAUCUUCAAAUUGUUCCUUUCUGUGUUCAGUGAUGAAUGUGACACAUGUGAGUCUCUCCUGGUAUAAAGGAAUCAGUUUAUUGUCCAGCAUCAGUGUGUCUGAUCUCAACAUCAGACUCUCUCUACCUGUGGAGGUGGAAUAUCAUGAUACAAACACAUACAGAUGUGUCAUCAACAAUUCCAUCACUAACAACACACAACAUCUCACCAACGUCUGUAAGUGUUCAGAACACCACGUUACAUUGAUAACUGCUGCAGUUGUGGUCACUGCUUUGUGUCUGCUGGGGAUCAUAGCAGGUGUCAUUCACCACCGCAAAAAGGCUCAGAUCGCUCAUCAACAAUCACACCAUUCAGAAAGUACCGGGGAGACGAGCGGUCAAUGCUAGCUGGAGACCAAUACUGGACAAUUUGCUACAAGCUUUACACCUGAGCACCGGGUGCAUAAAGCACCUUAAGUGUAAUUUUUCCUUAAGUGUGCCCUUAAAUAUACCUUAAGUUUUACUUAAGUUAUUCUCCUAUUGUCUUUGGUAAAGAGAAAUCACCCCUUAAGUGUCCCUUAAGUGUCAAGAAAAACUAAAGGUGCUUUAUGCAACCUGGCACUGCAGUUUUAGUUGCACAGAUGUAUGCGGUAUUUAGGAGUCCAAGCAUAAAAACUGUGAAGGUACCUGUUGAUUUCACCUGUGUUGUUCUUAUUUUUAAUCCAUACUGUUGGUCUAUUUUGUAGAAAAGUUGUAAAACUAAAUACACUUAAAAAUGUAUGGUGGAGAAAAGUCACUAGAUUUAGCUACUUUUCAGAUGCCUUUAGCAAUUUAUUUCCGUAAAAUGCACCUAACAACAAAUCUAGUGACUUUCGACUUUUUGGACCAACAAUAACUCAAAAUAAGGCUUGAUUUGUUUCAUAAAUCAUAGAUUGUUACCAAAAUGGAGAGUGUACCACAUACAGAAAUACAUAUUUGUUUUUGAGACAUUUUUAUUUAUUUUUUGAGGAGUUAAUCUUUUUACCUGCUGCUGUUCGCAUACCCCCUUACAAAAUAUUGAGUCUGGUAUGUAAAAGCUCAGCUUUAAGCUUAAAUCUUUGUAAGAAAUACAUUAAACAUUUGCAUAUUUGUAUACUCUGCCGUAAAAAUUAAUCUAUAACUAUCUUUAAGUUAUUUUAGACAUAUUUUAAGUAAUACACAUUCAGUUUUGUUCGAGAGCUUUUACGUGUAACAAAAUCUGGUGUCUGGCGCCAUCUGCUGAUCAAAACCUUGUAAAUGCAACUCAGACAGAUCACCAAUAUGUAGGAUGGAUAAAAGAAAAUAGUGACCAGUGCGGUGUUCUGAGCAGCCACCUGAUGCCAUUGCAUUUGGGUUUCUCAACAUUUAAGUUUACUCUAAACGUUGUUUCAUUCAUUUCAACAUGUUUUAUGUUGUUAAAGAUGAAUCAUAAUUUACAUCACACUGGGCACAGUUUGUAUUUUGUGAAAUGAUUUAUAACUGAAGCAUCAUGGUGUUUUAGUCAAACAUAUUACUAAGGUAUUGUUAAAAAAGUUUUAAACUU